UUAUCAUUUUACGCCAUGGACGCCUGGGGCUACAGAUGGCGAUCCGCGAAGCCUUUCAUCAUCACCACUAUCAGCAUUGCCUUGUUCGCUGAAACCUUUCUGUAUAGCUUCAUUAUCCCUAUGCUGAGCUACAUGCUGGAAGUCCGUCUAAAUAUUGACCCAUCCGAAACGCAGCGGUACACCACCGCCCUGCUUGCUCUUCACGGUCUGGUCGCUCUCGUGGUUGCACCGCCAAUUGCCUAUUUCACUGACAAGACCCCCAAUCGCAAGGUGCCCUUUCUGGUUUCCCUCGCAGUAUCUCUAACCGGGACAUAUUUGAUUGCAAUCGCGUCAUCAGUUUGGGUGCUGUAUCUCGGCCGCGUGAUACAAGGGGUCGCUGGAUCAGCCUCCUGGAUUGUGGGCUAUGCCACCUUAGCAGAUAACGUCAGACAGGAAGACAUGGGGAAGGCUAUGGGGCUGACCAUGUCCUUUUCGCUUUUGGGCAUCGUCACGGGGCCGUUGAUCAGUGGAAUACUCCUCCAGCUCCUUGGGUACUGGACUGCCUGGACCGCUCCCCUAGUAGUUCUUGUCCUCAAUAUUAUCGUCCGCCUUGUCAUGCUUGAGAGGCGAGAUAGUCCCUCCUCUGUUCCUGGUCCCCGCGCGGUGGCCUCAUCCUCGUCAAGUAUUUCGCAAGAAGCCGUGGAGCCGCAAGGCCAGGACGAGUCGUCUACAUUGCUUCCAUCAUCAUCAUCAUCAUCAUCGCCACAUGGUUAUUUGUCUUUUAACACAAUGCCUUCCAAGGCUGAUCCGUCAGAUAGCCCCAAGCAGCGCCCGGGGUUUUAUGGCGCCAUGUUCAGAGAGCCUAGGGUCCUUACAGGGGCAGCCAACCUCCUUCUGUAUAAUAUUAUCACAGCCGGUUUUAACACGAUAUUGCCUCUCCAUCUGCGUAGUAUCUUCCAUUGGGAAAGCAUGACUGUGGGACUGAUCUUUCUUGGGCUACAGCUCCCUCAAGUAAUCCUCGGUCCACUAGUCGGAUGUCUCCGCGACCGUCUAGGGUAUCGAUAUCUAACUACAGUCGGCUGGAUCCUCUUAGCUCCAUUACUCUGGCUGCUCGGGGUCCCUGGCUCUAACACCUUUUCCUGGAGCCGCUCUGAAACCCAUGGCAAAGCCUCCUUUUUUACAUGUAUAGCUGGCAUCGGUGUUAUGCUCAGUCUGGUCCGCGGUGGGGGAGCGUUGCAGAUGACUUGGGUCAUGCAUGAACUACAGUCAAAGGAUCCGACGGUCUUCGGUGAUUACGGCGCGAGCUCCCGUCUGUUCUCUUUGAUUGAGAUAUUCUUCAACCUAGGAUUGGUACUAGGCCCUCUGCUAUCUGGACUUUUAGUCGAGGCGCUUAGCUUCUACUAUACGUGGAGCUUGUUCGGUUAGUAUAUUGCUUGCUUUCUAUUCUGCU